AUGCAUUUAACGGGAAAUAGUGGAAAUUCUGGCACGACGGGCAGCACAAACACGUCGACUAACACUUCAAGUAACAAUAGUAGUAAUAAUAAUAAUAGUACGAAUAAUGCAAGUGGCUCGACAAGUAACAACACAAAUAAUACUAAUGGAAAUAAUAGCAGUAAUUCCUCAUCGAAUAAUAAUAACAGCAACAACAACAAUAAUAAUAAUAAUAGUACUACUAAUAACAACAAUAACCAGCCCCUCACACCUGAACAAAUUCUCCAAGAGACAUACACAAAAAUGACAUCAGACAUUCUUGCGGAGAGAACAUUGGGUGAUUUCCUAUCAGAACAUCCGGGUGAAUUAAUACGAACCGGUUCACCACUAUUUGUAUGUACAGUUCUUCCAGCACACUGGCGAUCGAAUAAAACAUUGCCAGUUGCAUUUAAAGUUGUAGCACUUGGUGAUGUAAAUGAUGGAACAAUGGUCACAGUUCGGGCCGGAAAUGAUGAGAAUUAUUGUGCAGAGCUUCGAAAUGCAACGGCAGUGAUGAAAAAUCAAAUUGCAAAAUUCAAUGACUUAAGAUUCGUUGGGAGGAGUGGAAGAGGAAAAAGUUUCACAUUGACCAUCACAGUAUCAACAAGUCCGCCACAAAUUACGACAUACAAUAAAGCUAUUAAAGUAACUGUUGAUGGACCAAGAGAGCCUCGAUCAAAGACAAGGCAGCAACAGCAAUUUCAUUUUGCUUUUGGACAAAGGCCGUUCCACUUUCCUGCUGAUCCACUUAGUUUUCGAAUGCCACCGAUUGGAAAUUGUCAAAACAUGUCACAGUUCGGUUUGAGCUCUACAAACUCCGCACAUUGGGGUUAUGGUUCAACAUCAGCAUAUCCCCCAUAUCUUGCAAGUGGUAGCUUACCAGCUGCAUGUACAACACCAACAGCUGCUCAAUUUAAUAAUCCUGCAUUAGGCUUCUCAUGCUCUCCAACAGAAACGUCAUCGCAAGAUUUUACUGGAAGAGAUUGUGUACCAAUGUUACCUGAUUCAACAGCAACAGAUUUGGAUCAACAUUUGAGUAGUUUAGUUGGAACACCACCAUCAUCACAAAUGAAUCAUCAAUCGUUAAUGAAUGCUAGUGUAGUGACAGGAAAUGGUAAUCAUGGUGACAAUCUUACUGUAAAUGGAACGCCGAAUGGUUUAGUAGUGGCGCGUUACAAUCAAAAUCAAGCUAAUGAUUAUGGCUUGCAUACUAGUCAAAAUGGUCCGCGUAGCUUGAGUGAUUCAUCGCAAGCUGAAUCGCCUGUUCAAGAUGAUUUGUUGACAUCAAAUACACCAAACUUGGGCGGUGCAAAUGGGAAUCAAAAUUUCCAAAAUCAAAAUUCUUAUGGAAAUGGUGGCAAUGGAUGUAAUGGCUCUAUUUAUCCAGUUUUGCCAGCAAGUUUAUUGUAUACACAGCUAUAUACAGCCGCAAAUCAAUCACAUGGCUUUCAUUCGCAUUCACUUCAAUCGCAUUCUUCACAAAAUUCUUUAAUGCACGGUGAGUUGCAAAGCGUUAUGGAUCACAUUGUUACUGGAACUGGAUCACAUGGUGGUCGUCAACAUCAUCAACAAUUGAUGGCUGGAAAUACGGAUUUAAGUUUGAUUGGAAAUUGUGGAACAGCUGCACGUGUUGCUGAUGAGAAUGCAAGUAAUCGUCAGUUGUUGAAUGGACCGAGAGGAGUACAACCACAACAUGCACCACCACCUGGUGAUUCAGCUGUUUGGCGUCCUUACUGAUUACCCAAUCUUCUCAUAUGAGAUGAUGUUUAGUGCAAUUUGUUAGAUUUUAUGUACAUUUAAGUGCAAUACUCUUCUGUUGGUUACCAAAAAUAGACAUAACGAGCAUGUUUUAUUUGUCUUUUUUGGAAUAUUAUCUCAUUUUUAUUAUUGUGUAAGUCAUUUAUUCUACUGUACAAAAUUCGAUAUAUUGCCAUGUAUCUUCAAUUUUAUCUUAUAUCAGAUAUAGUUGAAUAAUAUUCUACUUCUAUUGUAAAUAGACCAAAGGAAAUUAUGUUGUUUUUGGAUGUUUUAAGUGUGGGAACUCUUGACACUUUUUUUAUGCAAACAUGAUAUUACUGACAGAACAUGUUUAAUGACAAUUUAUAGCCAAAACUGUCGGAUAAAAGUGUCUAAGCCCGCUCUUAAAACAGAACAAAAAAUAUUUUCAAUCUAAGUCGGUGAUAAAGUUCCAGUAAUAAAAUUAAAUAUGCACAAUAGUAGUGGAUUCAUUGAAAACAACAGGUUACAUGCUUUGUAAGAAUUGUGCAUGUCAUUGUAUGUUCAUAAAUGUAUAUCCUAUUGUAUUCCUUCCAUUUGAUUAUCCCCAAAAAUAUCAAUUAUAUCAAUGAGAUAAAUUACAUGAAAAAACAAAGGAUGAUGAAAUUUUU